AUGUUAUACGACUCAACUCCUCCUUAUGAACACCACUCCCACCUAACCUUUGCCCGCGAACCCCUCAAAUCUCUAUAUGUCUUCCAACGGCUUUUCACCACCAUCCUCCUUGUGCCAUGUUGGUGGAUAUACUACCUCGUUCUCCCCCGUUCCUACCGCCCACGCCCCUCCUGGUCGCUCAAACAAAUCAUAUUCGUCAACUUCACUCGCCGUAUCUCAAAAGUGACCGAAGUGGCCGGGAUGACAUGGGGUACUCGUAACCCCGAGGAGGAGGCCAAGGACGGAGACCUGCAGGAGACGAGGUUCGAGUGGAUCGAGCCGCUACCAGAAGAGCUGAGAUGUGGUAUUGUGGUUAGUGAAGGGAAUAGGGUGCCUUUCAAACGCGUCGGGGCAUUCAUAUGGCCCAAGGAGGCUCCGCGUCCGAUAGGGGGAUCGGCGACACCGUCUCCUCAAAUUCCCCAGUUUGACUUUGAAGCAACGUCGACGGUCCCGACGGACAUUGAAGCGUCUGCUGCUGAUGCGUCCGUCAUCGGGAUCUUCAUGCAUGGAGGCGGGUACACGCACAUGUCUGCGCACGAGAAGGCCAGAACGUCGAGGAUUCCACGGACGCUUCUCAAGGAGAAACUGUGCUCGCAAGUCUAUUCCGUUGAGUAUCGAUUGCUCCAGUUUGCACCGUUCCCCGCUGUAGUGCAAGACGCUGCGGCUGUCUACGCUCACGUCGUCAAGACGUUCCCGAGGUCGAAGACUGUAUUGAUCGGCGACAGCUCUGGUGGGAAUCUGGUAUUGGCACUGGCAAGAUGGAUACGCGACGAAGGAAAGUUGCGCAUGCCUGAUGGACUACUGCUACUGUCGCCUUCUUGUGAUACAUCGCACGCCAUUCCUGAAACAUACUCGUCCCAUAUCCCCCGCCCGAACGCCUCUACCGACUACCUGACCGACACAGUAGAGCCACGAGCGAUCCUGCAAGCGACGUUCCUCGGAUUCAAAUACUAUCCGCCCGACCACCACCUGCUCAGCCACACCGAUCUCACCCAGCGGCAAAAAGCAGUCGAAGAGAGCCGGCAGCUUCGGGAGGUCGUGCACUCGGAAUACGUGAGUGCCGCGAGUCCGAGAGUGCUGCAGUGCUGGGGGCACGAAGUUGCGCAGCACGACUUGGUGAUGGGCAUCGAGUCCAGCGACGGCGAGUCCUCCAUGGCCAAAUCCCUAUCCCAAUCUCUAUCGCCGCCGUCUGGACCGAUAUGCCAGUCCUCUGCGUCGCAAGCCUCCCUCGCCUCGGUGAUUCAGACGCCGUACCGUCAGGCAUGCAGAUUCUCGGCACUGUUCGCGCACUUCCCUCGGACACUGGUGGUGAUCGGGGACGCUGAGCGGCUAGUGAAUGAGGUCAGGUCGUUGGUGAAGGCGAUGGAGAAGGAUUGCGUGGAUGUAAAAUGCCAUUGGGCGAAGGACGCGCCGCAUGAUUUGUUGAUCAUCCCUGAGGGUUGGUGGGAUGAGGGGGUUAGGGAGGAAGCGUGGGUGGCUGUUAGAGAAUGGAUGAAAGGAUUUUGA